CUACAGUUGCUCCACACCAGUUGUUCUCCAAACGUCUUCCACUCAUCACAAACUAAAGGCAAGGGGGCGAGGACAGGCACACACACAUACGUACACUCCCGACACACGCUCCAGCUCACAGAACCGAAGACCAUAUCACAGAAGAGAGGUUCCAGGGGAAGCAGGGAUCUUCGUUCCCUCAAAUCCAGACCACAGUGCCGUCCAGUAUGGAGCUUUUCGAGACCAACCCUUAUUUUUUCCCUGACCAGCGCUUCUAUGAAGGAGGGGACAGCUAUUUCCCCUCUCGCUUGCCCGGGGGGUACGACCAAGCCGGCUACCAGGACAGGAACUCCAUGAUGGGUUUGUGCGCGAGUCUGUCUGGGGGUGUUGGAGUUGGGGUCACAGGAACAGAGGACAAAGCCUCUCCGUCCAGCAUGUCACCUCACUCCGAGGCCCACUGCCCAGGCCAGUGCCUCCCUUGGGCCUGUAAGCUUUGCAAAAGAAAGACAGUGACCAUGGACCGUCGGAGAGCGGCCACGAUGAGGGAGAAGAGGCGCCUGAAGAAGGUGAACGAGGCCUUUGACGCUCUGAAGAGGAGCACCCUGAUGAACCCCAACCAGAGGCUGCCCAAGGUGGAGAUCUUGCGGAGCGCCAUCCAGUAUAUCGAAAGGCUGCAGGCCCUGGUGUCUUCCCUCAACCAGCAGGACACUGAGACAGGACAGCAGGGACUGCACUACCGACCCAGCACGGCUCAGGCCAGAGUGUCGUCGUCAAGCGAGCCCAGUUCAGGCAGCACCUGCUGCAGUAGCCCGGAGUGGAGCAGCACUCCAGAGCAGUGCACACAGAGCUACAGCAGCGAGGAUCUCCUGAGUGCUUCCGACUCUCCAGAGCAGGGGAACAUGCGUGCGCUGACCUCCAUCGUGGAAAGCAUCUCUGCAGCGGAUGCAGCCGUGGCCUUUCCUGUGGACAUUCCCAAAUAGACCUUCCACUCAUUGGACCCAUAAAUGCACAGAGAUCCACAAAAUAAAAUAAAAAUUGAUAUAGAGGAUUAAAACUAAUUUCAAAGUCCAAUUCAAUAUAUUUUUCAGCUGUUCCGUUUUAUCCUGUGCUAAAUUAAAAAAAAAUUGUAAUAUAUUAGGAUUGCAACUGUGCGGAUCUAUGGUUGUGCCAGCCAAACUGAAUCCUGUUCACAACGAGGCCUUAUUGCCAUUAUUCCCUGCCUUAUUCUGUGGUCUAGACCUGCCUGUCAGACCCACAGGAGCCUUUUAUAACUAGAGAUUCAACCAUUUUGCUGCAUGAACAACACCGAGUAACUAGCGUGGAUCUCUGACAGGUCUCCUGUCUGAUAGAGCUCAAGAGGAAUAAGAAAAUUAUUUUCAUCCUCACUUAAUUUAAGUUUUUCAUAUUUUCGAAACCUUUCCCAGAUCUUUCAUUCUUUUUGUGUGUGUUUUUAUGCUUAGAACAACAUGAGUUUUAUUUGUGGGGCCAAUAUGUACCAUGGCAGUUUUGACCAAGAUCUGCUUAAUUUAAACUGAAUGCUAGUGAUGUAAAUACGUUCCCUUUUUCUACAGAGUGGUUUUGCCAUUUUAUUUUCUAUUUUUUGCUAACUUAUUUUUGACUUUUAUAACUAAGAUUGUUGUGUAUUUGUAGAUGUUCCAAAAAGUGAUAUUUUCUGUCCAAUUCUUGCAAUAAAGACCAUUUUCAAUA